AUUUUAGUAAUAGUUAUAAAUUUAAAAUCAUAUAUUUAUUAAAAAUCAGAUUGCUAUAUUUAAAUUUAAUUUUCGUAUUUAUUAACCAAUAAAUUUUGUUUACAUAACUAACAAAAAUGCAAUAAGUCAUGAAAAAAUGAACGUUUAUAUCAAUUUAUAUAUUUUGGAAAGUAAAAAAUAGCUGUUGGUGUUUGAUUUGAUAUUCAAUAUAAAUUUAGAAAGUUAAUAUUCUAACUUGAUUAUAUUUAGGAAACUAUUAUUUAAUUAGUGAUUAUAAAUAAGAAGAGAAAUAUACUCCCUCCAUUUCAAUAUAGAUGAUGUUUUAGAAGGUUUGUUUUGUUUUAAUUUAUAUGAAGUUUUAAGAUUUUAAGGUAGUUUUGAGAUUUUAAGGUUAACUUUAACUUUAUUGGAAACUGUUCAACCAAUUAGAUUUUACAGUCUUUUUUAUUGAUUAAUUGAUGUUAAAAUUAUAUCUUUAAAAUAUUUUUCUAGAAAAAUGUAAUUUUCUUAAUCUUUGUGCACUAUUACAAAACAUCAAGUAUUAUGAAACAGAGGGAGUAUAAUUUUCAGCAAUUUUUACAAAAAAUAGUAAACACAAAGAAGAAUGACUAGUCUAAGCUUCUAUAGAGAAGAAAAAUGAAGAGUCUCCAACUUCUUGUUUAAUCAAAUCAAGAAUCUACCGCUUUUGGUCUAACCAUUAUCCAUGUUCUAUUGCUCUAUUAAUUUUCUUAUAGAUUAUAGCUCAUGAUUGUGGAUACAGAAAAAAUCAAAAGAAAAAAAAAACUGAAAAGUUCAUAGUUUCAGAGAGGUAAUUUUCAUAAAGUUUUAAUUAUAAAACCAAAAGAUGUUUCUUCCACUCAAAUUAGAUUGGUGUAUUUAUUAUAUAGUAUAACAAUAUUUUGCAAGAAAAACAUAAAUUAUUUCAGAUUAGUAAAAAAAGUCAUAUUUUUUUUUGAACAGGGUUUUUUUAGAGUUUGAGACGGUCCUGUUCCUCCUGAACAUCUUGUUGACAAGAAUGAAUUCAAGUAAUGUUCCAACAGCAACAUCAUCUCAUCAGGUUCACAUAUUAAAAUUUCUAUAAGAUAAGAUUAUAUGACUAAACAGAUGUUAAUAUAUGUAUUUGUGAAAUGUAUUAUUGAAGAGAACGACCAAAACACAUGGUAGGUGUAUGUGAAGUAUAGCUAUCACAUGAGAACAAAUGCUACUAUGCCACUUCUGAUGAGGUAAUCACUCGUUAUGGUUAUUGUUGCUCUAUGUCGUUACCAUUAGUUGACUAUAACAAUAAAAGUUUCAGCAUCUCCCAAUCAAACAAAAGGGCGGGGGGGACUUGAAUCAAGAGAAAGAAAAGGGUUAAAUAUGUAGAGAAUCAAUAAUAUCGAGGGUACAUGUGUGAUUAAAUUAAAUAUUAAAUUUGUGAAAGACUUGUUUAUUUGCCGUUAAGGUCCCUCUCUUUCUCUUCUUUCUCAGAGAAGAGGAGAGGAGAAAGAAACAUUGAACAUCCAUCAAUAAGAGAUGGUGAGGAAAAAGGUGCCGGAAUGGUUGAAUAGCACCAUGUGGUCUGCACCUCCUCCGCCGUCGUCUUUCAACGACGACCAUCUCCUCCUCCAUUCCCCCGCCGCCAAAAUGAAGGAGGAGCAAGAGUCGGAAUCGAUUUCUGUCGCUUCCAGGCUCAAUCCCGCUCCUCCGCCCUCCACAGCUUCUCCUAGACAGAGGAACAACGGUAGCAAUAUCAUCUCCGGCGUUGUUCCGUCCGGCGAGGACUUUUCCCGCCAAGCUCAUCUCUCAGCGGAGUUAUCGAAGAAGGUGAUCAAUAUGAAGGAGUUGAGGAGUCUUGCUUUGCAAAGUUUGCCUGAUUCUCCUGGAAUCCGAUCUACUGUUUGGAAGCUUUUGCUUGGAUACUUACCACCUGAACGUUCACUCUGGUCAAGUGAAUUGAAACAAAAGAGAUAUCAGUACAAACACUAUAAGGAUGAGCUUCUCACCAGUCCUUCAGAAAUCACAUGGAGGUUGGUGAGAUCAAAGGGAUUUGACAAUUAUGAGUUGAAGACUGGAAGCCGAUGCAUGCUUUCUCGAUCCAGAAUUACUGACGAGGACCAUCCUUUGAGCCUACGCAAGGCCAGCAUCUGGAAUACAUACUUCCAGGAUACUGAGACAAUCGAACAAAUAGAUAAAGAUGUCAAGCGUACACAUCCAGACAUACCAUUUUUCUCUACUGGAUCAUCCUUUGCACGUUCUAACCAGGAGUCUAUGAAGAAUAUAUUGCUUGUGUUUGCCAAGUUAAAUCAAGGCAUCAGAUAUGUUCAAGGGAUGAACGAAAUUUUGGCACCUAUCUUUUAUAUUUUACGUAACGAUCCUGAUGAGGAUAGUUCAUCCCAUGCUGAAGCUGAUGCGUUCUUCUGCUUUGUUGAACUGUUGAGUGGAUUUAGAGACUUCUACUGUCAACAACUUGACAAUAGUGUGGUUGGAAUCCGGUCUGCAAUAACAAGGCUCUCGCAACUUGUUAGGAAGCAUGAUGAGGAACUUUGGCGUCAUUUAGAGAUCACCACCAAAGUAAACCCACAGUUCUAUGCAUUUAGGUGGAUCACUCUCCUCCUUACACAAGAGUUUAGCUUCUUUGACUCUCUUCACAUAUGGGAUCCACUCUUAAGCGACCCCGAAGGUCCUCUGGAAAGCUUACUGGGGAUAUGUUGUGCGAUGCUGGUACUGGUGAGGAAGAGGUUGAUCGCUGGAGAUUUCACAUCGAAUAUGAAAUUACUUCAACAUUAUCCAACUACCAACAUCAGCCAUCUCUUGUCUGUAGCUAAUAAACUUCGCUCCAAAUUGUUAAUUUAAAAGUCUUUUCUUUUGAUUUAACCAUCUUUAGUUUACAUAUAUACCUUCUCUGUUUGUUUAUUACACGGCCCGUUUGCUUUCGAUCUUUAAAGCGCAAAUAUGUUUCUUUGUUACGGUCUUGUGUCUGG